AUGCAAGAAACUUCUGUUAAACGUUAUCCUCUUGAUUUAUUCAAUAAUGAAGAAAUUUGUAAUCCAUUAACAUUAAUAUGGUUGGAUAAAACAUGUAAUGAUGAUUUACUUGAUCCAUCAUAUGUUCGAACAUUAUUAAAAAAAUCUCAUCAGAAUUGUUUAUUUUAUAAUGAUAUCAAAGUAUUUAUUGAACAUAUUCAUAAACAAUUGAUAUUUCAAAAAAAAUCUAUUGAACGUAUUUUCUUACCAUUAACACAUGAUUUAGAUGAGAAUCGUCAAUUUAAUACAAUUCGUUUUUUAAAAACAAAAUCUUCUUAUAAUACAAAUGCAGUUUAUUCUUAUAUGUUAUUUGUUGAAAUAUUAAAAGAAGUUCCACAAACAGAUCAAGCUAAAGAUUAUAUGUUAAAUAAAAUCAAAGAUUGGAAUCGUUUUAAUCCAACACAACUUGAAUAUAUUGAAACAUUUCGAAAUACUUAUAAACCAAAUCAAGCUAUUAAAUGGUAUACAGAACAAUCAUUUAUGUAUAUUUAUGUUAAUCGAGCAUUUCGAACAGAAAAUGUUUCAAUGUGGUAUUUAUUUCGAUUUUAUAUUAAAGAUUUAUGUGAACAAAUUGAACAAGUUUAUCACGAACAAAAUAAUAAAGAAUGCUUAAUACUUUAUCGUGGUCAAGGUCAUUUACCAAAACAAGAAUUUGAAAAUCUUUGUUCAAAUAUUGGUGGUCUUAUAUCAACAAAUGGAUUUUUAUCAUCAACAAAAUCAUUUCCUUUAGCUGAAUUUUUUCUUGGAGGUGCUCAUGAUACCGAAACUUCUUGUGCAGUUAUUUUUGAAAUCACAGUUGAUGCAAAGAAUCUUAAAAGUACGAUAUUUGUUGAUAUUAGUCAACAUUUACCAGAAUUAGGCGAAGAAGAAAUACUUUUUAAUAUUGGAACAAUUUUUCAAAUUGAUUCUGUUGAACGUGAAGAAGAUUUUUGGAGAAUUAAAAUUCAUGCAACUGACGAUGGAUCAAUGGAAAUAAAAGAUAAAAUGGAUUUAAUGAAAAAAAAAUUUAAAACAACAAAUUUAAAUCUUUUAUUUGGUCGAUUAUUAAUUGAUAUGGGUUUAUUUGAUAAAGCUCAAUCAUAUUUUAAUUUAAUUCUACAAAUUUUACCUGAAAAACAUCAAGAUUUACCAUUAAUUAAUGAUCAUUUAGGUGAUCUUCAAAUGCGUAUUCCAAAUUAUAAUAAAGCAUUUAAACAUUUUCAAUUAUCAUUAAAUUUGAAAGAAGAAUUUUUUUCUAAGGAUUGUACAAAAAUGUGUAUUACAUAUAAUCAUUUAGGAAAUUAUUAUAAAGCUAUUGAAGAUACUUCAAAAGCUUUUUAUUAUUAUGAAAAAACAUUAAAAUAUGAAGAUAAUCUGAUUAAUAUUGGAAUAACAAAAUUAAAUCUUUCAUCAAUUUAUCUAAUGAAACGAGAAUUUGAAAAAGCUGAAAAGAUUUGUUUAGAUGCACAUGAAAUCUUUCAUAAAUUAGAACCUCCUUCUUAUGGAGAAAUUCUUUUAUGUCAAGGAAUAUUAGGUGAUAUUUCAUUCGAAAGAAAAGGAUAUCAACAAGCAGAAAGUUUUUAUCAUGUUGCAUUUGAUAUGGCAAAAAAAUAUUUCUCUUUUGGUGAUUCUCGUUUGAUUAAUUGUAUAAAUGCAUUAGCAAAUUUUUAUCAAAAACAAGGUAAUACUUCUUAUGCUUUAUAUUUUUGUUAUCAACAAUUAAAUGAACAUAAAAAAUAUUUAUCAGAUGAAAAUCAUCUCAAUAUUGCACAGAUUUAUAUGAAAAUUGCUGAUUUAUUAAAUGAUAAAAAUUAUUAUAGAAGAGCUUUAAAAAUAUUUCAAAAUAAUUUACGUAAAGAUUAUUUCUCAAAUGCAAAUUGUCUCUUAAAAUUGGCUUCGUUUUAUUCAAAUGAACAAUCUUUAUAUUGUUAUAUUAAAGCAAAUAAAUUAUAUAAAAAAAUUUAUCCAAAAAAUCAUUCAUCAAUUAUUAAAACACAAAAACAAAUAGAUGAACUUAAAAAAAUGAAUAUUAUUGAAAAAUCUUUCGAACAAGAACCAAUUCUUAUUGAUUAUUUAAAUCAAUUUAUAUUUAAUAAUAAUUCUAUUCAUUUAAAUAAUCAAUCUUCUUCUCUUCAAACAUUGGACCAUCAAUCCAAUAUAGAACUUUAA